UGCCAGCUGCCAGCAUCCAUCCAUCAUCAGAUUCUCCUCACUCUUCUUUAAUGGCUUUCUCUGGUGCAGCGCCGCCGCCUAAACAACCACCGCUGUCCGACUCUCACCGCCGGCGAGAAAGCAAUAAAUUCUUGCUCCACUUUGGCGGCGGCGAGAACCCAAUGCAUGAAGGAGAAGACAGAAGAAGAGGCAGCAAACGCUACUUGGUUCUCCUAGGAAUCAAUUACAUGUUUCUGUUCGUGGGGUCAGUGUCUUCUAGCCUCCUUUCAAAGUUCUAUUUUAACCAUAAGGGCUCUAGCAGGUGGGUUUCCACUUUAGUCCAGUCCGCCGGAUUCCCUCUCCUCCUCCCCGCCGUCUUCCUCCCUUACUAUGUUUUUCAGUCCACCCAACGCCGCCCCUUCUCCCGGUUCACCUCGCAGAUUUUCGUCGUGUCCAUGAUUAUUGGGCUCUUGUUAGGCCUCAACAACCUCCUGUUUUCAUGGGGGAAUUCUUAUCUCCCCGUUUCAACAAACUCCUUGCUUCUCUCUACUCAGCUUGUCUUCACUCUCAUCACCUCCAUGAUUAUCGUGAAGCAGAAACUCACAUUCGCCAAUCUUAACUGUGUUAUCCUUUUGACUCUCAGUUCGGUUUUGUUGGCUCUUAGUUCGGGCCAUGACAAGCCCGAGGGGCUGACUCGGCCCAAGUUUUUCUUCGGGUUCUUCUCCACGGUUGGGGCCGGGCUGCUCUUCGCCCUGUAUUUGCCGGUAAUGGAGAGGGUAUACGCCAAGGUCUACUGCUACGCCAUGGUGGUGGAAAUGCAGCUGGUGAUGGAGGUGGCGGCCACCGCUUUUUCCUUGGUGGGGAUGGCUGCCAGCGGUGGGUUCGGGGAAAUGAAGGCGGAGAUGCACCGGAAAUUCGACCUGGGGCCCAGGGCUUACUGCCUCACGGUGGCGUUCAACCUGGUGACGUGGCAGCUCUGCUUCAUGGGCACCGCCGGGAUGGUGUUCCUCACCACGUCCCUCACCGGCGGGAUCUGCAUGACGGCGCUCAUGGCCAUCAACGUCCUCGGAGGCGUUCUCGUCUACAGCGACCACUUCGGCGGCUCCAAGGCCAUCUCCACCGCGCUCUGCGUUUGGGGGUUUUGCUCCUACGUCUACGGCAUGUAUAUCAAGAGCAAAGAGGACUCCGGCGAAGACAGGACGGCGGCGCAGAGCAGCGAGUCUUCCAUGGAAAUGGGGGAGAUCGUAACGCACAACGGCUGAGCGACCGUUACAUAUCAAAACAGUAGCUUAUAUAUAUCACUAGUUGUUGUUAUCCAUAGACUGCCCCCAGUAGUCAGUAGAGUAAAAACAUGUAGAGUUAGAUCAGGUGUGGUAUCAUCAUUAAUUAAUAUCAUAAUUUCAGUGUUAAUUAAUAUAAUCCCUGAUAAUUAACCUCA